AUGUCAUCUAAUAAGAACCAAAGUGAUUUAAAUAUCCCAACUAAUUCAGCAUCACUUAAACAGAAACAACGUCAACAGCUAGGAAUUAAAUCCGAGAUUGGUGCUUCAACAUCAGACGUAUAUGAUCCCCAAGUUGCUAGUUAUUUGAGUGCUGGUGAUUCACCUAGCCAAUUUGCCAACACUGCCCUUCAUCAUAGUAAUAGUGUUAGUUAUUCUGCUAGUGCAGCAGCUGCAGCUGCGGAAUUACAACACCGUGCUGAAUUACAAAGAAGACAACAACAGUUACAACAACAAGAAUUACAACAUCAACAGGAACAGUUACAACAAUAUCGACAGGCUCAAGCACAGGCUCAAGCACAGGCUCAAGCCCAGGCGCAAGCUCAAAGAGAACACCAACAGUUACAACAUGCUUAUCAACAGCAACAACAGCUACACCAAUUGGGUCAACUUUCUCAACAGUUGGCACAACCACAUUUGUCACAACAUGAGCAUGUCAGAGAUGCGCUCACUACAGAUGAAUUUGAUACUAAUGAAGAUCUUCGUUCACGAUACAUUGAGAAUGAGAUUGUAAAGACAUUUAACAGUAAAGCCGAAUUGGUACAUUUUGUUAAAAAUGAAUUAGGUCCUGAAGAAAGAUGUAAAAUUGUCAUUAAUUCAUCAAAACCAAAAGCUGUUUAUUUCCAAUGUGAAAGAUCGGGAUCAUUUAGAACUACAGUAAAGGAUGCAACUAAGCGACAAAGAAUUGCUUACACCAAGAGAAACAAAUGUGCUUAUCGUUUGGUGGCCAAUUUGUAUCCUAAUGAAAAGGAUCAGAAAAGAAAAAAUAAACCCGAUGAACCUGGUCAUAAUGAAGAGAAUUCUCGUAUUUCCGAAAUGUGGGUUUUGAGGAUGAUCAACCCUCAACAUAAUCAUGCACCUGAUCCAAUAAACAAAAAGAAGAGACAAAAGACAUCAAGAACUUUGGUUGAAAAGCCAAUAAACAAACCUCAUCACCACCAUCUUCUUCAACAAGAACAGCAGCAACAGCAGCAACAGCAACAACAGCAACAACAGCAACAACAGCAACAACAGCAACAACAACACAAUGCCAACAGCCAAGCACAACAGCAAGCUGCUCAGUUGCAGCAACAAAUGCAACAGCAAUUGCAAGCCAGUGGGUUGCCAACAACACCAAACUAUUCUGAAUUGUUAGGUCAAUUAGGUCAGUUGUCUCAACAACAAUCACAGCAACAGCAGCUUCAUCAUAUACCUCAACAACGUCAACGAACCCAGAGUCAACAACUGCAACAGCAACCGCAACAAACUCCACAUGGAUUGGAUCAACCAGAUGCUGCAGUUAUUGCUGCAAUUGAAGCUAGUGCAGCAGCAGCUGUUGCGUCUCAAGGAUCACCUAAUGUCACUGCAGCUGCUGUAGCCGCAUUACAACACACACAGGGUAAUGAGCACGAUGCUCAACAACAACAAGAUCGUGGUGGUAAUAACGGUGGUGCUAUUGAUUCAAAUGUCGAUCCAAGUCUUGACCCAAACGUUGAUCCUAAUGUUCAAGCCCAUGAUCAUUCUCAUGGAUUAAGAAAUUCGUAUGGGAAAAGAAGUGGGUUUUUGUAA